AUGGGCGGUGUUUACUUGAGGUUUCAGAAUGCGGAGAAGUUUGCUCAUAUUCUUAAGAUGUGUAAGUUGAGUUUAAAAUUUAAAAUUUAAUUUAUCAAGCCAAAAAAUGGCAAGCAAUGUCUUUACAAUACAAAAAAUGACAAGAACUUUUUUUACAAAGCAAGAAAUGGCAAGAACUUUCUUUACAAACCAAAAACAGGCACAAACUUUGUUUACAAGGUAAAAAAUAGCAAGAAAUUUGUUUACAAAACAAAGUAUGACAAGAACUUUCUUUACAAAGCAAACAAAAAACGUUUUGUUGUUUCUCACCGUGCAAAAUAAUGUAAAAAUACGUCAAGAUUUUUUUAAAUUUCUAAUGGCUUGUUUUUUAAAUAAAUUCUAUGAAUAAUAUCAAUCUAUAACAAUAUAUACGUUCAGUAGGACCAGAAGCAUGGGCGAUAAUAAACGAGUACGAAAUAGGAAGCAUUUCGUAUGUUACAUUAAGAAAUAGGCUGGCUGAACACUAUCAAAAACUCAAUAUUCUUGAUGGAAAAAAAUCUGUCAAACAGCUUAUAGAUGGACCGGUAUGUUAUUGAUUUAUAGUUCGGGGGUCGGGGUUUAGGCUAGGCUUUUAGGCUAGGGCUCUGGGCUAGGGCUCUGGGCUAAGGCUAGAAUUACUAUCUAAUAUUUCAAUUUCAGGACUCACUAAUCAUAAAUUGUAUCGAAAUUUUGCGUGAAAAUGGCUACAAAACUGGAUUAUUGACUAAUGUUGGCUACAAGGACGACACUUUUACGGAAACUGACACCAAAGUGAAUAAAGAACACUUUGAUGUUAUUGUAGAGUCUUGUAUAGAAAAAAUGCGAAAACCUUUCAAGGAGAUAUAUUUGGUAAGUUAGGUAUUAAAAACGGCAAGAACUUUCCUUACAACACCAAAAAUGGCAAAAACUUUGUUUACAAAACAAAGAACCACAAAAACUUUCUUUACAGAACAAAAAACGACAAAAACUUUCUUUACAAAACAAAAAAUGGCAAGAACUUUCUUUACAACACAAGAAACGGCUAGAACUUUUUUUACAUAACAAAAAACGGCGAAAACUUCCUUUACAAAUCUAAAAUUUUUUAAAUUGAAUUUAAAAAAAAAUUUGCAGCUUACGGCCGAAAGACUUAGGGUAAAGCCUGAGGAAUGCAUUUUCAUCGACGAUUUGAUUCAAAACUGUUACACAGCUGACGAUCUUGGAAUGACAGCUAUCGAACUUAAAGGUGGAGAUUCGAAAACUGCAGUGAAAACGUUGGGGUGGUACUUGGGCUUAGAUCUAUUGAGCUAA